UAUGUAUAUAUUUGAAAUUUGGAAUUUAGAACAGAGGCUCGUCAAAAAACUGAGUGGCGAUGUAUAAAGCCCGGACAGAGGAAAAAUUCAUUGCUGGGAUUGAUAUUAUGGCCGUUUCUUCGUGCUUCCGGUCGAUAGUUAUGCCCCAGAUUUUAGUUUUGUUGUUGCCGCUGGUGUUACUUUCUCCACGGAUCUCGGGAUCGGAAAACCAGUUCAAGUUGGAUGGAAGCGUAUUGGAACUCGACGAUUCCAAUUUCGACACCGCAAUUUCGAAAUUUGAUUAUCUUUUCGUCGAUUUUUACGCUCCUUGGUGCGGUCACUGCAAGCGUCUCGCGCCUGAGUUAGAUAAAGCUGCCCCUGUACUAGCGGGAUUGAAGCAGCCUAUAGUUGUAGCGAAGGUGAAUGCCGACAAGUAUAAAAAGCUUGCUUCAAAGCAUGAAAUUGAUGGAUACCCUACCCUAAAGAUUUUCAUGCAUGGAGUGGCUACAGAAUAUUAUGGACCGAGGAAAGCUGAUUUACUUGUUCGCUCCUUGGCAAAAAUCGUUGCCCCUGAUGUUGCUAUUCUUGAUUCUGAUGCUGCUAUUAAAAACUUUGUCGAAGAGUCAGGGUCAGAUUUUCCUAUAUUUAUAGGCUUUGGCUUAAAUGAGUCAGUGAUAUCAAAUUUGGCUGCCAAGUAUAAGAAAAAGGCAUGGUUUUCGGUUGCUAAGGAUUUCUCAGACAAUAUGAUGUCCUUCUAUGAUUUCGAUAAGGAGCCUGCUUUGGUUGCCACUCAUCCCGUGUACCAUGAACAGAGUAUUUUUUACGGGCCAUUUGAAGAGAAGUUUCUUGAAGAUUACAUAAAACAGAGUCUGCUUCCAUUGGUGUUGCCCAUAACUGAAGAUUCACUGAAGCUGGUCAAAGAUGACGAUAGAAAAGUCGUGGUGACAAUCUUGAGCGAUGAAGCAGAGGAGAACUCCAAGGAAUUAAUAAAAACUUUGAAAUCUGCUGCUUCUGCGAAUCGUGACUUAAUAUUUGGUUACGCCGGGUUGAAGCAAUGGGAAGAUUUUGUUGAGUCGUUUGCAGUAAAUAAGAAAACCCCACUUCCGAUGAUGGUUGUAUGGAAUGGCGCCGAGGAGUAUUACACUGUUAUCGGCUCGGAAAGCAUGAACUCUACUGAUAUCGGCAACCAGAUCUCAAGAUUCCUUGAAGGCUAUAGAUCUGGAAACGUGAUAAAGAAACGAAUCUCCGGUCCAUCACUUAUGGAUUUUAUAAAAUCACAGAUUGGAGUACAGAUUGGUCUUAUUUUCUUCUUUGUCGUGUUGGUGAUAAUGCUGAUCAUGUCAAUAUCCAAAGAGGAGCCUCUUACUGUCGGCAGUCGCGAACCCGGUGAUGAGACGAGCCCCUCCAGCUCAUCGGAAACCCGUCGGGAUGCUUUGAAGGAGGAUUAAUUUCAUGAUUUAAUUUAAGUUCAUCAUCUGGGCUAAUGCACAGCCAAAGAAACAUUCCAUAGCACGCUCUAGUAUGUCUAUUAUGUAGUUACACUAAUCUAUUGUGUCAUCAUAUCAUCUUUCUUUUAUGAUAUUUAGAUUGUCCUA